AUGGCCGCAGCACCCAAUUCAGUUCAGAAAUCAGUGGAGGAAUGGCGGGCUAUUCUCUCUCCCGAGCAAUUUCGCAUCCUCCGGCAGAAAGGCACUGAGCCUCGUGGCACUGGAGAGUAUGACAAGUUUUAUGAUGAUGGGAUCUAUAACUGUGCUGGUUGCGGAACUCCUCUGUACAAAUCUACCACCAAAUUUAACUCUGGCUGUGGUUGGCCUGCUUUCUUCGAGGGUCUCCCAGGAGCCAUUAACCGCACACCGGAUCCGGAUGGUAGGAGGACUGAAAUCACAUGUGCUGCUUGUGGUGGACAUUUGGGCCAUGUAUUCAAAGGUGAAGGGUUCCAAACACCUACAGAUGAAAGACACUGUGUCAACAGUGUUUCAGUCAAGUUCGUCCCCACGGAAACCUCUGCGUCCCUGUGA